GAGUCGCAUAUCCAAUAUUGGACUUAUUCCGGCCGUGAUAAGCUGCCGCAGAUAAGCGCUUGAUUAAUCUAUUUAUUUUUUUUUUAAUUAAUUAAAUGGCAAAAAACAUAUAAAUAUCUAACGUUUCGAGCUGCGUGAAAACAGUCUAAACGAAACAAUCAAUAUGAAACUUUUGCAUUUGCUGCUCAGCCUGUGCCUGGCCCUUCUGCUGUGCUCCGUGCCGCUGAUCCAGGCCCAAUCGGCGCCAACCGUUGCGACGGCGGCGCCAACUCCACCAACUAGUGCGCCCGGCGAUAGUCCCGAUGAUGAUCUGCCACCGAUGCCAUCCAUGCUGACCACAGUGGCUGGGCCCCCGACGGACACAACCUACGGCGAUUACGCCGGCUCCGCUUGAUUCCCCUUACGGAGUGGAGUCAGGGUAUACGCAAUUUAAAUAAAUUUGCAUGUUUAAU